AUGGUUGACAGUUCUUGUUUCCAAUUAACGCGUCCUGGUGGUACGGCCUUAACUCCUGGACAGAUGCUCGCCGUACUCGAAUCACCAGGAGCCAAAGCAGACCUGCAGCGGGUCUACCGUGAACAUCGCGUGAAAGCAGUCGAACAAUGUGCUACCAGGUCUGGUGCACGCGCUUCACCUGAAGAAAGUACUGCACAGGCUGCAGUACUGACAAUCGCGCUGGCCAUAGGGCUGGUGGCUGCUGGAGCAGCUGUAUCGUUAUGCUGCAUGCACUGCAGUUAUAAAAGACAUAUGAAAAGAAUGCGACCGCCACGCAGAAGAUUUAUUGAAGAUAUUCCAGGUCCUUCAUCAACUUAUCAUGAACCUAUAUAUGUAAUAAAUCCUGGAUCGAUACAACAUAGCAGUUUGUGAUAAAAUUUUUUUAAAUAAAUGUGAAAAUCAAAUAUAAAACAGUUUAUAUAUAACUAGCAAAGUGACAUUGCAAUAUGGUGUUAAUAUAUGUGAAUAAACUAAAAAAAACAAUAUAGAUAUUAGGGUAUUAGUGCUAUAAUAA